UAUAUCCGCCGCUUCUCCAUCCACGCCGCCUCAGUGACAGACAUCCUGCCGUCGGCCAGGAAUGCACAGAUUUUGGAGAAACCUCCUUUGACACCUUUUUACACCUCCAACCGUAAAAAGAUGGAGGUCAGUCCCGUUUAUAUGCAGAGUGGUGACAGUGAGCAGGAUAGGCCCGCUUAUCCCCGGGUUUUCCCAACAGGCGAAGCCCGGAAGCGCGACCACCUUAAGGCGGGACUCUGCGUGGACUUCCCGGUGUCGGUGGUUCUUCCGGCCGGCGGCACCGGAGAGCGAACCGGACUGCAGACACCAAAACAGUUCUGUCCGUUUCUGGGUAGACCGCUCAUAAGCUACACUGUAGAGUCCUUUGAGAGGGUGUCAUGGAUCCAAACCAUUGUGGUUGUUGUUGCGAAGGAAAACAUCGGCUUGAUGAUGGACAUCAUCCAACGGUUCCAGCACAAGAAGGUCCUAGUGGUACCCGGCGGCUCAACUCGUCACAAGUCCAUCUGCAAUGGAGUCGCGGCGCUGGGGGAGCAGCGGAGGCCGGCGGCCCACAAACCCAAGGUGGUCAUCAUACAUGAUGCUGUCCGCCCGUUUGUGGACGAGGACUUCCUGUACAAGAUAGCGAUGGCUGCCAAGGACCAAGGAGCAGCUGGAGCUAUCAGACCGCUUGUUUCCACUGUGAUCGCCACAACGUCGGAGGGAUACCUGGAUCAUUCAUUAGAGCGAGCCAAGUACAGGGCUAGCGAAAUGCCUCAGGGGUUCACAUAUGAUGUCAUCUGUGAGGCCUACCAGAAGUGCACCGAGUCAGACUUCGAGUUCGGUACCGAGUGUCUCCAUCUUGCUCUGCAGUACUGCGGCACCAACGCCAAACUCAUUGAUGGCCCGCCAACCUUGUGGAAGGUGACCUAUAAACGGGAUUUAGCUGCUGCAGAGUCCAUCAUCAAAGAGACUUUGUCGCAGUCAGCUUGCCUUAUAACCGGGGGAUCGGACGCUGCUAUGGCUCUGGCCAAUGUUCUCCAAAAAGCUUUUGGAGCUCUGAAUAUGGAGCUGAAUGUCACGCCAGAUCUGGUGGGAGACAACGCCAGGUAUCUGCUGGAAGACUGGAACUUCAUUAAGGUUUCUGUCGAUCCAUUUUGCCCUUCAGAAGUGGAGGCCAUAAUUGUGGCGUUAGAGGCAGAAAACCGGGUUCUUCUCAACCCAGCAGUGAUUAUCUGGAUGCAUUUGAGUGACACAGAGGAUCCAUCUACCAGCAGGAGAGCGAUGGAGUCUGCUGCUCUGAUAGACCUGGCCUCAACAGCCCGGCCCCGAAAUAUUCUUCUCUACGGCAUCCGGCUUCAUCAGCCUGAGGACUCAGAGCAGUGGGGCAGGUCGGCUUCACGGGUCGCUGACAUCGCAUCAGCCUUGAUUCGGGACAGGAACCCCGCCUUUGUGGGACAGCUCCUGCAGGCGUGAAGAGAGGGAACAUCAACAAAACAAUCAUCGCUCAUGAAGACUGAAACUGGAUUAUUUAUGCUGUCUGCUAGUCUCUAAUCCUGCAGCAGGUUUAGAGGAUGUUGUUUUUCCAAAGUGCAUAUUGAAAGAAACCUUGACUUUUACAGUAAACUGCGAUCAACUGAGUCCUACAUUUCCCACAAUGCUUCUCUGAGCUGUUAAGAUUCUUUCUUUGUUGCGUAACUCUGACCUGAUGUUUUGCAGUUUUUACUGAAAUGUAGUUUCAUAGAGUUGAGCCUACUUUUUGGGCUCCUAAAAUAAAUUAUCAUUAAAAAAAAUAUCUUA